GUAUUAUGUUGGUAAGAAGAAAGCGUACAAUUAGUUACAUGAUAACGUCUACAAAAGUCUGUAAUUUUAAUGAGCUACACAAAUUGGUAUAAAGACAGUGAUUUUUUUGACGCUGGGGUAACGUUAAACGGGUGGACCAUUGCAAACAUUUUGUCGUCAUAAUAGAGUCGUUAAUUGAAACUAUUUAAUUUAUUUAACUUUAAUUACUUAAUCUAUAAAUGUAUAAAAAUUAUACGAUAUCUUGCAUUUCCUCAUUAGCCGUCAAAGUCUCACAAUUUUCAGUACGGUUAAAAGGGAUGAGAUAUGUAUUGACAAAAAACUAGUCUCACUUUUCCUCAGCAGCAGCACCCAGCUCUUGUAAAUGUAAUGUUAGGAUCAUAUGGGUUUAUUUGCGAAUCAAGUUUUGAAGCUGAUUUUGGGAAAUCUCGCACAUUCGUGAACAUUUUGUUGCGUCAUGAGUCAGCAGAAUCGCAACAGUGAAGGAAGUGUUACUUACUAGUUGGACGAUGGAAAAUGAUGACACUGUGAAGACGACGGACGACGGAACAGGUGAAACAGAAUUGGAAGGUGAAAGUAAAAUCGUAGUGGAACACGAAGAUAAGCAAGACGAGGAAGCUGAAGGAGUUAAGAAGAAAUCGGAAGAAGGCAAAGAAAGGGAUAAAGAUAAAAUAAACAUACGACUAAACGCUGUUGGAAACGCUCCGAUUCUCAGACAAAAGCUGUGGGCCGUCCCAGCAGACCGUGAAGUUGGUCAGAUUGUCGAAUUUGUCAAGAAAUAUUUGAAACUUGAAAAACAUCAGAGUUUGUUCCUAUUCGUUAACCAAGCCUUUGCCCCCUCUCCGGAUCAACCUCUGAGAGAACUUUACGAGUGUUUUGGUGCCGACGGGAAAAUUGUGUUCCAUUAUAGCACGACCUACGCUUGGGGAUAGAGGAUAGUUAAUCCGGACGUAAUUUUUAUGCAACAAAAAUCGAAAAUGAAGCAGAAAAUUAUUC